GGUUCCCUAUUCUGCAGGCCAGGGGGGAGUGCCUGUUUCUACCUCAGACAGCUUCACACUGGACCAUGGUUUUGCCCGAGAGAAGCUGAGGAAAGGCACUUUGGGCAGUGAUCUGUCUGAACUGGCGACAUCAGGAGGAACAGUCCCCGCCAGUGCGGCACAGGAGCGAGCACAUGCAGGAGAUGAAGGUGGGAAGGGACGGCUGCCUGCACAGGACACAUGCUCUUCGUAUCUGUGACCAGACACAGGCCGCAGCAAGGAAGCUCUUGGUUCUGAGCUUGCCCUUCCUUGCCAGCCUUUGCAUUCUCCUCAGGAGUUUGAUAUGGGAGAUUGUCUGCCCUUGGAUUCCAAGGGUUAACUGCCAGAACACAGCACAGCACACAGCAAAUAGACAUAGACAUCUCUGCCGACCGACCGUCAGCUCACCCCGAGCCCAGCAUGAGCCUCAGCUGCCACAGAGCAGAUGCCAUGGCAGUGACAUCUGUGGAGCCCCAGAGAGCCUGCCAGCAUCUGGAGCAUCUGGAUCCUGCCUGACACACUUAUCUGACCAGACGGAUACCACAGAACCCAAGGUAUCAACAUAUCAAGUCAAGACUGGAUACUGGGAACAGUAUGACCAAAUACAUCGAGAAGCUAGAAGAGAUUAAAAAAAAUUAUAGAUACAAAAAAGAUGAACUUUUCAAGAGACUAAAAGUUACCACUUUUGCCCAGCUGGUCAUUCAAGUUGCUUCCCUGUCAGAUCAAACACUGGAAGUGACAGCUGAGGAGAUUCAGAGGCUGGAAGACAAUGACUCUGCAACUCCAGAGGCUGAUGCUGAAGUUGCUGCCGAGACCAAUGGGAGAGGGAGCCCUGGGGAGCAGCCACCCAGUCCUGUCCAGUUCAUCAACAGCCCGGAAACAGGCGACUCAAGUCGCUCCACUCUCCAGAGCGUCAUCAGUGGCGUUGGGGAACUGGAUGUAGACAGAGGGCUAGUGAAAAAGGAAGAGCCCAGUGGUAAAGACAAGCCUUAUCCGGACUGCCCCUUCCUGCUGCUAGAUGUGCGGGACAAAGACUCUUAUCAGCAGUGCCACAUUGUCGGGGCUUACAGUUACCCAAUUGCAACUCUGUCCAGGACAAUGAACCCCUAUUCAAACGAUAUUCUUGAGUAUAAAAAUGCUCACGGCAAGAUCAUCAUUCUCUACGACGACGACGAGAGGCUGGCGAGCCAGGCGGCCACCACCAUGUGUGAACGCGGGUUCGAAAACCUCUUCAUGCUUUCUGGGGGUCUGAAAGUCUUAGCUCAGAAAUUCCCAGAAGGACUGGUCACUGGUGCCCUGCCAGCCUCUUGCCAGCAGGUCCUCCCUCAUGCUUCUGCCCGGAAACGAUCCAGCCCCAAAAUGCCACCCCUGCCAGCUGAGAACAAAUGGAGAUUUACCCCAGAAGACUUGAAAAAGAUAGAAUGUUAUCUGGAAGCGGAGCAGGGCCUGGCAGACAAUCAUAGCCGAACGAACCAGAAUAACUCCGGCGGAAGAGACUUGAAGGUGCCUGCUGGCCGCAGUGGCCAGAACCUGCCCACCGGGGGCCCUGCUGGCCACUCGAACCCCCGCACACCCAACAGCGGUCACCUGCAAGGCAAACCCUGGAAGUGAAGACCUGUGUCAUGUAGUCCAAUAAAUGUCCCCUCCUUUUGGAACCCCCAGCACUCCCAACUUGGUCAUUUGCAGAACUGGUGUAGAGAAAAGCCCCACUCCAGGCCAGACCAGGCCCGCUCCUCCUGUUUGCAGCCCCUCCCUUCACUCAGGAAGGAUUUUGACAGAUGACCACAAGAACCAGAGGCUUGACAGGCUCUCCUGCCCUCUCUCUUGUUUACAGGAUAGCCAUGUCUCUGGAAACUGAAUAGGAAAAGAGAAAGAUACUUUCUUUUAAAUAAGGUCCAGCCUGUUUGGUCUGUAACCAGUGUUGUUUUGUAAUAAUUCCCUCACAUCUGCUGGUGUGUUCUUCCCAGCCAGCUUUUUUUCAUUCACUGUUGAUUUCAUGAAAGAUUCUCCAGGUGGGCCUGCAUUGGCCCCUGUCCCGAGGGGUGCAGAUGCGUCUUGGUUCCCGCAGCCCACGGGCCCAGUGGGGACCCCCCCCCCAGGCCAGGUGCCUGGCUGAGUCACUGAGCCUGUGUGCUGCAGGCUCUGCUGGGAGUUUGAGGCUGAGGAGUCUUUAAGCAUGGUUCCAUCUUACUGGUUUAGCAGAGAGGCGCUAUGCCAAAUAAUCCCCUUGUUAAAUGGUUCCUGAGACCAAAAAGGUGUGUGCUCAGCUGCCCUAACACCUAAAGGAGGGCCUAGUAGAGGAAGGUGCCAGCGUCUUCCAGCUCGGUGCUGAGAGCCCCGGAAGGCCACCACAGCUGGCCCCUCCAUUGUGAGCCUUAGAUCAAUUAAAAUUUCCCAUUGCCUAGUUUGAGCCCAGCUGUGUUAGCUGGCUAGCAAUCACAGUCACUUGAGAGCAUCAGGGUCGUCCUCGCUCAGGCAAGGGGAAGGCACAGGUGAGGAGGACUCCCGAGUCCUCUGUCAGGGCUGACAACCCUCGAGCCCUUGCCUAAAAAUACAGUAUUAGUCUAAUUGAGUAAUGAGUGCAAUUUCCUGCUUGCUUUUCAUUCUCACGACUGAGCUGUGAUUAGGAGGCUGUGAUUAUAGAUUCUGGUUUUGGCCGGAAUUUUGAAUUGGCAUUAAUUGAAUUGCUAGAUGACUGACAUCCAUUCUCUUUAAUUGGGGGAACAAAAGACCUCAGGUAAGGAUGAGGCGCAUGAAGUCACGGGAAGGAAGAGCCCUGUUAAUUUUUAUGGUCUGUGAUCGGAGCUGUGAUAAGGGACUAAGGAAUAAAUUGUGCUCUUUGUCAUGGCAACCAGUUUCUGAAAAGCCAACUGAAAAUUGCCUAUCCUUAGGUGGUUACUGCUGCUGGGUAAGAUUCACCUUAACAGUACUAUUUUCUCACCACUAAAAAAAAAAAAAAAAGGAAAAAGAAAAAGGCCCUACAGUAUUUCUAGCAUGAGGGCUGUGUUUGUAAGAGAAAUAAACGUAAUAAAUAUCUCAUGGAGACAUGGAGACAUAUGGAAAAA